AUGGCAAUUCCAAUCGGCGAGGAUCCCUAUGGUGGCGGGUUAUAUAAAGGAGCAGAGAUGGAGGAAGAAGAUGUCCCUCCAUUGGUCCGUUAUCGACCCCCACCGAUCAUUGAACUCUGUGAGAGGACCAAGUUCAACGCAAGAGAGAUCAAAGUCAUGUAUAGAGCUUUCAAACAGAGUUGCCCAAGUGGAAUUGUUCAACACUCACAAUUCGAGGAGAUCUAUUGUCAAUUCUUUCCACAGGGUGACGCGAGUCAAUACGCAGAUAUGGUUUUUCGAACGUUUGACACAGAUAAUGAUGGGAUUAUGUCGUUUGAGGAAUUCGUGAUUGGUCUAUCGAUAAUCUCACGAGGCACCGCUGAAGAGAAGCUGCAUUGGGUGUUCUCAUUAUACGAUGUGAAGAAGAAAGGGGUUAUCACGUACAACGAGCUAUUGCAGGUAGUGCAAAGCAUCUAUCAUUUAUUGGGCACUUUCACUCAUCCACCAAUCAGCAGCGCCACCGUCUCCAACCAUGUCAUGUUUUUAUUAAAAAAGCUCGAUCCCCAGCGAACCGGUGUGAUCAAACGGGAAAACUUUGUGCUAACAUCUCUUCAAGAUGAGGCACUUUGUCGGGAGUUGGCCUUGUUUGAUACAAAGUUG